AUGGUCCGCCUCUCCAAAGUUCUCAUCGACGGAGGCAGCGGCCUCAACAUCAGCUUCUCUAAGAAACUAGAGAGCUUGGGCUACGACAUGACUCUUCUGGUCCCGAUGCAGGAAGCCUUCUAUAGGAUCAUUCCUAACUCAGGCCCGACUCCAGUCGGCCAAGUGACUAUCCUGGUUCUCUUUAGAACUUGGGAGAACUACCAAACGGAGCACCUCCACUUUGAGGCCGCCUCGUUCAAGACUUCAUACCACACAAUCCUGGGGAGUCCCGCCCUUGCUAGGUUCAUGGUGAUCCCCAACUACACGUAUCUUGUACUCAAGAUGCCGACGCCGAAUGGAGUCAUCUUUGUCUAUGGUGACCUGAAGACCUCUUACUUCUAUGAGACGGAGAACAUCAACCUCUCUGAGGUGCUGGAGUUAUCCAAGAAUGCUGUCUUGGUUGUUGACUCCACAGCCAGGUGCGUCCUCCUCUCCUUUCUUGAUUGUUACUUCGAGUAUCAUCAGAUUGCCCUCAAGAAGUCAGAUCAAGAGAAGACAUCAUUCAUUACUCCUUUCGAGGCGUAUUGCUACAACACCAUGAGGUUCAGACUCAAGAACGCAGGUGCUAUGUACCAAAAGGCCAUCCAGUGA